AUGUCCCCCGUGCCCAAGGCGGCCUUCGUAGGCAUGCUCCUCUUCUGCCUGUGCCCCGGGCACCGAACAGCCCUGCGGGCCCAGGCAGUCCACGUACCCACGAGGUGCAUGUGCUCGAAGUUCCAAGAGAAGGUUAGUCCCAGAUUCAUAAUGGAUUUCCAGAUCAUUGAGAAGGGAGCCCACUGCGACCGCCAUGAGAUCAUAUUAACCGUGAAGCAACGGAGAGGCCAGAGAGAAACGUGCCUCGACUCAUCCAAGAGGCAAGGGAAGAAUCUGCUGCACUGCUGGAAGAGACACCGGAAGGACCCCAGGAAGCAGCGCCACUGCAUGAAGAGGGGGCAGUGA